AUGGAGGAAGCUCGCCGGAAAAGCAGCGAGGAGGUGAAAUACCGCGGCGUAAGGAAGCGGCCGUGGGGGAAGUACGGGGUGGAGAUACGGGACUCUAAUCGGAACGGCGUCCGCGUGUGGCUGGGAACGUAUGACACGGCGGAGGAGGCGGCGAGGGCUUAUGAUAGGGCCGCCUACGGAAUGAGGGGCAAAUUCGCGGUUCUUAACUUCCCCGGAGAGUAUCCGUCGACGCUGAAUGGUUCGUGUUCGCCGGCGGCGACGCCGCCGUUCGGCGGGUCGUCGCUGCCGCCGGGUAUGGGCUUUGUUGAAAGAGAAACGGCGGCGAAAGAAGUGAUCGAGUUCGAGUGCCUCGACGAUAAGCUGUUAGAGGAUCUGCUCGCCGGUUGA